UCAUCGAUGCAUUAAAAAAUUCGAUAAAAAUUCAAAUUAUUAUCUACGACGGCAUACGAGGAAAAAUGAUAACGAUUUUAGCUGUAAAUUGUCGAUUACUUCAUGUCACUUAAUACAAAUCCUAUUGAUAACAAAUUUCCUACCGACAUACGUGAAUCUCGAUAUUGAGUGAGUAUUUAAAAUUCAUUCACCGUCGUAGUCGAGGUUUGUUUUCGCAUUUCGGUCGGCGAAUCGAACCGUACGAAACUGACCUACAUAAAUAUUCUGGGAAAAGCGGUUGGCGAUGACUCUGGCAAUCCGACGCGCGACGUUGUGUGCGGAACGUGGAAAAAAAAAACGGAGUGCCGAGAGCGGAGCUGGAUUGCGUCUUUGCUCUCAUUGUCAGUUUCCGCGGAUGGAUCGACGCGAAAAGACGAACGCUUGCGCGCUCUUUACUUCACGUUUCUUCUCUCUCUUGCUCUCUCUCUCUCUCUCUCUCUCUCUCUCUCUCUCUCUCUCUUGCUCUCUCUCUUUUUUGCUCUUUCUUUCCUUUUCUCUCUCUCGUUUUCCAUAUAUGUGUGUGUGUAUGUGUGUGUGUGAGUAUAUACCUAUCUAUCUAUCUAUUCAUCUAUCUCCUUCUCUAACGAACGAAAUAAAAAACAAGAGGGACCGUAUUACUGUUACUACAAAGAAAGUACAGAAAACUUGUAAUUUUAUUUUACAUCGUGAUUACUUUUGAUUUAUUUUCUCGUUAAUUGUGAAGUACUUCUGAAAUCGAUUUUCGAUACAUACAUACACACACACAUGUAUAUAUAUAUAUAUAUAUAUAUAUAUAUAUAUAUAUAUAUCGUGAAAUCGAGCAUGAUAACGAGGAAGAGAAUCGAAAUUGAAGAGAUUUUUUUAAUUUUCUUUUUUCUUUUUUUUAAUGUUAGACAAGUACCUAAUAAAUUCAUUUCAUGAAAUAGUUAACAGAAUAAAUAAUUCAUAGAAUAAAUUAACAUUAAGAGUGAGUAUAGAACGUCGGAGAACAAGUUACCGGAAGAGAGAGAGAGAGAGAGAGAGAGAGAGAGAGAGCGAGUUUAUUUUCGGUUUGCGUUUCUCGAGUGCGUUCUUUUGGCGAUCCAGCAUCGGGAAGGAUCGACGAGAACGCAGUUUCACUAAGCUCCGAGCCAGAAGCAUCGACUUUUGCGAACGAGAGAAAACGAAGAAGAAAAAGAAUGGGAAGAGGAGGAAGAGGAGGAUGAAGAAUGAAGAAAGCAAAGAGAUUUCUCAUUCGUUAGAGACUUAUCUUUUCUUCGACUUUCUUUUCUCGUUCAUCGAAUCUUGUCAGUGUGAAGAAGAGAAAAGCUAAAGAGUCUGUGAUCCGGUUCGAUGCUUUGAUUCACCUAUAUGGGAAGGAACAAAGUUAUUAGUAAUGCUUGUUCGACGUCCAACACGAUUUACUCUCACGAAUGACAUACAUUUGUAAAUUCAUUUCUCAACGAUCGACGACGACGACAACGACUACGACGACGAAAAAGAAGAAGAAGAAGAAGUGGAAAGGAAAGAAGAAAAAGUAGUAGAAGUAGAAAUAAAACUAUAUGGAUAUCAUCGAAGUCAUGACAGAGAAUGAAAAUGAACGAGAGAAGAUGAUUUCGAUUUGUUCGGGAGAGAAAAUCGUAAAAAUGUCGACGAUCCUGUUAAGCUGUAUGUCGAAUUGCUUCCUCGAUGGGAUUGGAAAGUUCGAAGGAAUGCACUGCCUAGGUGCGGUGACAGGAAGCACUCCCAGCCCAAAUGGGGCUGGUAGUCGAGGCGGUAUUCUUAGUAUGUUCCGAGCUCUUGGAGUCCUUGUGUGCGAAGGGAGAAUCCAGGGUCCUCCGCGUGGCUACAAAGAGGGCCCCCAUUGUGCGCCGCCCAUGCAACCUUUCCCAAACAACCACGUCUGCGAAGAGGACAAUUAUUUGUGCGACCGGUAUCUUGUCCUAGUUCGAGAACUCGCCGAUCGAACCGCGAUCGGAUCGUUCCUAUGCGUCGAAGUACUACUCUGCAGCAAUUGUCAGUGCGGCUUGGCAAAAGCUACCAGCAAGCACCCGAUUUGUCCUGUACCGUCCUUAUCCAUCUCACCAUGGCAACAAACUUCGGAACUUCUACUGGAGUAUUGGUCGAUCUGCGUUGUACCAAGCAAGAGCCCAGAAACGAUGAAUUUCCAAGGACUUUAUCAGGCAGUCCGUUCUAGAUUACACUUUAGCCAAGUUGCCGCCUGGUGGUCCAGAAGCAACGGGAUAGAACCGAAUUACGUUGCAACAAGAGUCGUGCCGUACAACGAGGAUAAUCUCAGGAAAUUUCGGGACUCGCCGGUCGAACAUACCUUUCCUCUCGCCGGUAACGGCGACGGAAGUUCCAUCAAGGUCACCGUCUGGGCAUUGCCACGGAUGGAAGAGGUGCCGAUACUUAGCUGCCCGUUACAUCCGACGAAAGAGAAAGACGAGGAGGGUGUCGCUAGGGCUCUGACUCCAACCAAAACGAUUCCCGUGGUAUCGACGAACUCUUCGCAAAACUCCGACAGCCUGGUUAUGCCGGUACUGCUGGACGAUAGACUGCAUACACCAUGCAACAAGCCAGGCAAACAUCAUUGUCGUUGCGAGGAAGAAGAUGCUUCUCCGCCUUCUCCAUCGAUCGCCAGGCCUAUCGGCGAGAGAAAACGUCGUAGAUCCCUUCCUUGUGGUCCACCGGAUGUCAGUCCCAGCGUUACGUUUCAGGCUAUGCCACUGCCGGCCGUUAGGGAGUCAAGCGUACGAGAGCAAAGGGAUAACGAUCGUUCGAUAACAAGCUCGAGCUCGAGUUAUCCUAGGUCGUCCUCGGAGAUGCUGAAUAAUCGCGGAGCCACGGCUAUAAAGUUUUCAAAUGGGCAUCAUCAGAAUCGGUUCGAGGAGAACGCGCUGAGGAGUCGUAAUAAUCUAAACUCCGACAAUCUCGAGCGUUGCUUUAAGACACAGUUGAGUAUCGAGGAACGAGAUGGUAACGUUGAGAAGCGUUACAAGCUUACGCUGGAGAACACGGUGAACGGUGCAGAAGCGAAAUCGUGCGAGUUAGCAGAAGAGAAAACGCGACGAUCGGAGAAAGGAUGUGGUGGCGGUGGUGGAGGUGGUGGUGAAGGUGGCGGCGGAGGCGGUGGCGGUGGCAAUGUCGGUGGUGGCUUUCGUAAGAACAUCAAUUGCGCUAGCACACCAGCCGAGAGUAAAUCGAUGGAAAAGAACGGUCUCUUCGAGAACCUCAUACCAUUUAAUUCUUCCUUACCGUGGUCAUUCGUCGAGUCUUGGAACAAUAGCGGUGCCAAUGGCAAGUGCGGCUUUCAAAGUUUACGAGGACCAAAGGAAGGACGUUUUAAUGGAUCAUCGAGGAUGUAUUCCGUGCCUGCACCACCUGUGAUAGAUCCCUUCAAACGAGCUACCCCUUUCCACGAAUCCAAUCCAGGACCUUCCACGUACGAGAGCUCGUAUAUCAAAGCUAAACACGAUACCUUUGAAUUACCCUGUACGGUGCAUCAAACUCGACCGAAAUCCACGAUAAACGGUUUUGGAUACACCGAUUGCAAGGAAACAUUUAGGAACGAUGAGAAUCCGAGAUGUCGCGGGAAACCUAACAAAGAUUUGAAUCAGAUGAUGUCGAAGCUGUCUUUCCCGGAAGGACAACAAUCGGAGAAGGACAAGGUAAGAGAGGAAGGUGGUAUUCUCGAUUGGUUUAGCAGAGUACCAAGUCGUGUUCUUGGAGUUUCCCCUAACAACGGUUACGUUGAAAAUGGUAAAGCCAAAGACACGAACUUGAAAUCUCAGGAUCAGCAUGGCAACGAGGUCAAGUUUAAAAACUGCAACUUGGAACUUAGCCAGCGUGAAUUCGACGAAGUUUUGGCCGUGUUAAGAGCCAGGACACCCUCCGGACGUAAGAGGACUCCUUUGAAAACCAUCAAGAGACGCGAUAGAUACGAGAAAUCCCUCGAGGAUGGCUCGUUCGAAAAACCUUCGGCUAAGUUUCCCACCAACUUUGAUUCCAACGAAUAUCUUGUUGUCAAUCACGUGGAUGCACGGACUAAACCAUGCGAGGGUUGCAAUCAUAGGUAUUGCAAGAAAAACGAGCAUCGAUUAGCUGAAAAAAGCGUCGCCUUAGAUCGCGUUUAUGGGAGUAAAAAUAUUUAUAAUCCAACCCACGAGAGGCAGGACAAGCUAGGAAAUUAUUUGAACGACGAAUCGAAAAGCGAUAAAUCUUGCGUAACGGACAAACGUGUGAGUGCUAAUCCAGUCGAUUGUCUACAAAGUGUAUCGAAUAAGGCAGAUGUAUUAUUGGGGGCCAUAUUGCGAACCAGCAAGGAUCGGAAAGGUCUGUCGGAUAUUUCCAAUGGGACCAGAUCUCAAAUUGCCACGUUGAAUGCAAAAGCCGAUAACGAAAGUAAUCCUCGAUUGGAACAGUCAAAUUCGAUCGAGAAACUCGAACAUGAUUCGAGAAUCGUACCGUACGAAGACGACAAGUCGUUGCCGUUGGCAUUGAAUAAAAAAUUCAAUCGUUUUCGUCAACUCUUUAAAAAAGAACAAGAAAGGAAGGUGUGUACGGUGACGGAUGAUAAUUGUCAACAACAACAACAACAGCAACAACAACAACAACAACAGCAGCAGCAACAGCAGCAACAACAACAACAGCAACAACAACAACAACAACAACAACAAUGCUUGCGAAAUUCUUCUCAACGUUUAAACAGUAUGAAUCUAAAUUUAUCUUGCAAUAACAUUCAGACUGGUAAUUCCGUUGAUAAUACAACGCGUAAUUUGAGAGAGGUCAAGGUCAAAAGAAAGAUAGAUUUUUCAAAGUUUCGAGAGGAGACAGGAAGGAUCGAGGAACGAUCGGAAUCGUCGUCUUUAGAUUCUAGUACAAAUGGCGCACAUCAAAACUCAAGGAUUCAUAGUACAAAUUACAAGGAGGAUCAUCGUAGUAACGUCUGCAACAAGGGAGCUCCCAUGAACAGGCUGUACAGUACAAAUCAAAGUAAGAAGGAUGAUUACGAAGAACACGGAGAUCAAACUAAUCGAGAUAAUAAAACACAUAAUAAUAAAGAUCCUGUUCCAUCCGCCAUUAAAAUUACGCCGGUCUCGUUGCAAAACGGUUUCUCGUCUUCCAAAAUACGAAAUAACAAUCACAAGGCCGGCUUCAGCAGUAGCAGUACCGAGGACGAUGAGACACUCGACAAAGCUGUUCCUUCGGCGAUCGAGCAGGAAAGGUUUCGAAGGUCUUUGGAGAAUGCGGCGUCUAUGGUAUUCCACAGUAGGACUGGUUUGCCCCUUACGUCGAGUCCCGCGCCAUUGAGAAGAGGUAGCUGCUGUUUCGACUACGACAGUAGCUUGAAUUCCGUUUCCUCGAAAAGAAGUGCGCUGUUUGAGUUGAAUACACCACCAAGUCCAGGUGCGGUCUCGUUGGAGGAAACCGAUCGAGAAACAGAGAAUGCAUGCGAAGGCGAAGAACCACCGAGAAGACGUUCGACCUCACGAAACAGGCCACAGAGUCAUGCCCUCUUGGGCAGCUUCGAGGAAUCAGCUUUGAACGGUAGACUCGAACCAGUAUCGACUGUUCACGGGUUCACAGCGGAACUCGGUGCGAGUGGUUCCUUCUGUCCUAAACAUCGAAAGCUUCCAGUUACUGUGUUCUUCUAUACUCUCGGAGACAAUGACAAAGUCUCUACACCGUACCUCGCUCAUAUUAAUCUAGGAAAGAAGGGUUAUCAGGUACCGAGAAGCGGUACCAUUCAAGUGACCCUACUCAAUCCACUGGGUACAGUUGUCAAGAUGUUCGUAGUUCUGUAUGAUCUUUCCGACAUGCCACCACGAUCUCAUACUUUUUUACGUCAAAGAACUUUACGGGAUAAAACCCUACGCUACCUCGUACAUCUUAGAUUCAUGUCCGGGAAAUCAGGCAGGAUUUAUCUACAUACAGACAUACGUAUGAUCAUUUGCCGCAAGUCCGAUGUAGAUACAGCGUCUGAUUUUGGAUCAGAACCACCAAAGGAACUUAGAAGUUAUAUUCAUGGUCCUACAAAUCCAAAAUUUUCACCAAGGUGCUGAGCCACGUGGCUCUUUCCAUGGGGUUGCUGCCGAUCGCUCCGCCCACCUAGUCCCCUUCAUGUCGAGGUUUGAUUCGCUAUGUAUGUGUCUGCGAGAAGAGGAAACUAAAAGAUCUUGUUUUGUUUCUGUUUUUUUUUCUUUCUUUCUUUCUUUCUUUUUUUUUUUUUUCUUUGUACACGCACGAGAAAGAGGGAUCACGUAUUAAAAAGAAUUUGACGUUGAUACACUAAGGGAGAUAAUAAUAAUAAUAAUUAUAAUUAUAAUAAUAACAAUAAUUAUAAUAAUAAUAAUAAUUAUAAUUAUAAUAAUAAUAAUAAUAACAAUAAUCAAUUUGAAAGCUAUGAGAGAGUUGAUCGUACUUACGAUUUUUCUCUCUUAUUUAUGGUAUGUUAAAAUAUAUUUGUGACGUGGGAUGUGCUUAGUAGCAUUAGCUUGCGAUAGUUUCUUCUACAUUAAUUUUGUUUCUUUCUUUUUUUUUUCUUUUUUUUUUGAGCAGGGGAGGGGGUUACAAAGGUGGUAUGUGUUUUACUUGUUAAGUUAACAUCUGUUACAUAGAAGAUUAAACGAUUCAUUGUGUUUUUGUUUCCGUUUUAUUCUUCGUGAUAUUUGAGUGAAUUGGAAAAAGUCAUAGUUCGUUUAGAUCGCAAGCAAUCGUUAGAUUUGCGAGCCUUUGCGAAUUUUUUUCGUUCGAAAAUACGUAUUUCUAUCAACGUUAUUAAUUUCAUCCCUAUUCUUUGAUCGUUGAGUUUGUAACAAUUGUGAGGAAUUUAAAAAAGGAAAAAAGAAAAAACAAAAAAAAAGGAAAAAAAAAGAAUUACCUUCGUUUACUUCCUUCAAAUUGGAAUUUGUCGCAAGCUAUAUGAUCUCGUUGGGAAGUCUCAUUCUUUUCAAUUUAUCUUUGUAAAUAUAGUCUAAUGUAAAUUCAACUAAGAUUUUUUAAAUGGGAUAAUACUGCCAUCUCUGUGUGUAGUAACCCUAAACGAGAAAGAAACGAGUGAUAAAAAUUGGGAAAUAUCAAAAUAUCGGACCUCUCGUUGAGAUAUUUUUAUCUAGUACAUAUAUAUGUGUAUAUAUAUAUAUGUAUGUAUGUAUGUAUGUAUACACAUAGUAGAAAAUUAUAAAUUUGUGAUAUGAAUAUGUGUUCUUUAUAAAUGAAUUGGAUUUAGUCGGUGUUAAAUUCAGAUUAAAUUAAACGUUUCUUUUUGUUCUUUUUUUUAUUUUAUUUUAUUAUUAUUCUUUCUUUUUUCUUUUUAUUAUUAUAGACCUAGAAAGAAUAAUAUAUAUGUAUGUAUGUAUGUAUGUAGGUAUGUAUGUAUGUAUGUAUGUAUGUAUGUAUUAUUCUUUUUAAAAAGUAGGCAAAAUCUUUCCCUCUUGGCAUAAAUUGCUUUCAGGGAGUGGCCUGGUAAUGUGAUAUUUCCUUAUUAUAAAGAGGAAUCAUUAUUUACACAUAUAAACAGAACACAAUUCUUGUGUCCGUAGCACUGUGAUGAAUAUUUUGAUAGACUACGAAGAGUAAUUAUUGUAAAGCAACUAUUUGAGUAGAGCAUAUGUUCUAGAAUUAACUAUACUAACGUCGUAUGAGAAACAUAAUGUAGAGCUAUAGCUAAUCACACUACGAUUCCAUACUAUGUGUCAUUGUCAUAUGGUGUACUCUUUCGUACCCAUAUUGAAUAACUAAUUACUCCUUUUCCUUGUCUCUCUCUCUCUCUCUCUUUCUCUUUCUCUCUCUCUCUCUCUCCCUCUAUCUAUCUAUCUCUAUCUCUAUUUCUAUUUCUAUCUCUAUUUCUAUUUCUAUCUCUAUUUCUAUUUCUCUUUGAAUCAGAUUAGAAUGGAUCGAUUUUUGCUGCGAUGGUAUACAAAUCUGUCGAUAAUAGAAUAAAAUCUAAAAAAAAAUAUGAAUUCGAUUCGUGUGAAAUUUUAUUUUUGUAUCAUGAUAAGUUGACAUACGAAUUCAUGAAUAAUUUUAACGUUAGAUUGUUACUUUACGAUGAAACAUUUCUGUGUGUUUUUUCCUUUGUUUUUGUUUUCUUUUUUCUCUUUUUCUGUUUUUGUUUUGUUUAUAUACGUGAGAGUUAAAGAGCAUUUAAAAAUAUUAGAGAAAAGAAAGAGAAAAUUAAUUUAUAUAUUGUGUCAAAACCAUGGUUAUAUAAUUUUAAAACAACGCGAAUAUCUCGUAUUAUGUAUUAACGUUGAAUACAAGUGCAAUUUUCUGAUACUUUAAUCGUGUAAUUUUCUCCCAUUUUUUUUUUUUUUGUAUGAUUUAUUUGUAAGUGUUUCUCAAUCGUCUGUCUAAAAUAUUGCAGCGAAAGAAUGCCGAUAAAAAAGAGGAAAAAAAAUGAAAAAAAAAAGAAUAUGACACAUUUGUGAUAUGAAGAAAAAUUAAUUAAAAAGUAGACGCGUUGUUUUGAUCUGUAGUAGUGAUUUAUGCAUGUCCCGAUUAAAUCACAGACCAAAGAAAAGAAAGAAAGAAAGAAAUAAAGAACGAUAAAAAAAAAAUAAUAAUGAAAACUGUGAUUUAUCACUUGGAAUCAAGAAAAUUUUACAAUCUGUAGAAUGUAUGUCAAUGAAUUGUGGGGUAUAGUACCACUGCCAUAUGCUGUAUAUGUAUACUAUAGCAUAGAUAACAAGUAGUAUCUUCAUUGAACUUUAAAUAUUACUCUCUUUUUUGCAAACGCCUGGUCAUGUUCUUUAAGAUCACAAAUUGCAAACAGUGGAUGAAUACAUAUAUAUAUAUAUAUAUAUAUAUAUAUAUAUAUAUAUAUGUAUGUAUAUAUGUAUAUAUAUUAAACUUUUAAUGUUAAAAAAAAAGGAAAGAAAAAAAGAUAAAAGAAAAAAAAACUAUUGACGAUUCCAUGCUAAUUUUUUCCUGAUCACUCAAAUGCUUGAUAGCUGUGUAAAAUGUCAUUAUAAAAAUGUAUUUAAUUUUCAUACGACAACAAUAACAAGAACAACAACAAAUAACAACAAAACAUGCAAUCUUAAAAAUACCUCUUGAACUUGUACGUAUGAAGAUAAUAAAUAAUAAACAAGAUUGUAUUUUUGGAGUUAAAAAAUGACGAAUCGUGUACUCUUUUUGGAUAUAGAGAAACUGCUAAUAAAUAUUGUGAUAAAUUAAA